AUGUCAGAAGAAGUCUGCAUAAUAGGAGGAGGCGUCAGCGGGAUUGUUAGCUCUAAGAUUGCUAAAGAUCACGGACUAAUUCCUUAUAUCCUAGAUAAAUCUGAAUCCUGGGGAGGAAUAUGAAAAGACUCUCCAAACAGCAUAGGAGUCUGGCGAAAUUUAAUAACCAACACUUCUAAAUACCUUUGCAGCUUUUCUGAUUAUCCCUGGCCUGAAUCUACUCCUACAUACCCAUCUAAUCAAGAAGUUCGGGAUUAUUUUGCAUCCUAUAUAAAUCUGCGUUCAUUAGAAAGCUAUUUUCACUUCAAUUGUAAGGUCAUUUAUGUGGGAAAACAAGAAUCAGGAUACUUGGUAAGGUGGGAAAAUUUAUUGACUAGAGAAAUUUCUGAGAGGCAUUUCCCUUAUGUUAUUGUAGGGACUGGGCUAUUUGCAAAAGAAUAUUUACCAUUUCAGGUCCCUGAAAAUUAUCCUCAAGGAAAAAUCGUCCAUAGUGGACAAUACAGAGAUCCUAGUCUUUAUUCUGGACAAAGAGUAAUUGUGAUAGGUGGGUCUAUGAGUGCUUGUGAUAUAGCUGAAGACCUUCUGCCACAUGCAAGAGAAGUCAUCCAAAUAGUAAAAAACCCUUACAUUCUUUUCAAAAGAUACUAUAAUAACCUCCCAAUUGAUUUUUUCAGUAUGACAAAAUCUGUAUCAAGUUUGACUAAAAAUUUAUCUCAUCAAGAAAAGCUACAAUUAAUGCUAGGUUUUUACGAUAAAGUUACUGAAAACUCCAAAGCCUGCCCCAAUCUUCAUAUAGAUUUUUCGACUAUAAAGUCCCCUUAUGUCGGAAUUACUAACAACUAUAAAGAUCUUGUAGAGCAAGACCGUAUCCAAAUAAUAAAAACAGGAGUUUCCAGCAUCUCAAGCUCAGGAUUAGCCUUAGAUAAUGGAGAAGUAAUAGACGCAGACACCAUUUUCUUAUGCACAGGCUUUGAAUCUGACUUAAGUUUCUUAGAUGCAGAAAUUCAGCAAAAAAUCAGCUAUUCUCCUCAUGAUAAACUUAUCCCUGUCAUUGGGUUUAUGAAUACAAUACACCCAGAACUCCCUGGCCUUGCAUUUUUAGGCAUGCAAAGAGGAAGCUUAAUAGUAAAAUUUGAAAUGCAAGCAGAAUUCGCUAUCAGAUUUUUUAAAAAUCUGGUAAACUUGACAGAGGAAACUAUAAAUUCAGGAAUUCGUUAUGAAUUUGGGGUUAGAAAUGCAAACCCAAGGCCUCAGUUUCCAUACCCUCUUCUUGAAUAUUUAGAUAACAUUGUAAAUUUGAUGGGCUUUAACAAUGCAAACCAAGAUGAAGAUUUAAUUAAUUUCAGGGAAAAUGUCAUAUAUAUACCUCAGUUAUUCCGCCUUGAUAGAGGUGAAGCCCAAGUUUCUCUUGCCAGACAAGUGAUUGCAGAAAUCAAAGAAAAAUUCCAUAUAGAAAACAGCUUAUAUGAAAAAUUUAUGCUUUUUAAUUAUAAAUAAAUUAUUAAAAAAAUACCAAAAAUCCUAGAUUUUUUAGGAAAAUAAUUAUUUGCGAUUAAAAUAAAUAUACAAAUUAACUAAAAAAAUUUAAAAUAA